AUGGUUAUCAGCUCCGGGGAACUCACAGGUGAGCUCCUUCCAAAAUCCUUUCCACAGGUCUCAGAACAUCGCAGCAAUUCAGGCAAUGGGCUCCAAUCAAGUCCAGAUUUUGCAGACCUCCUCCGGCACUACGCGAGAGAGAAAGAUUUAUCUUCAGGGAAGAACCUACACUCGCAACUCAGAGAAACCGGACUGGACCGGAGAACACUCUUGGGGAACUUGUUGGUGCAAAUGUACUCCAAGUGCGGGGAGCUCGAGCUAGCUCGCGAGGCCUUUGACAGGAUUCUGGAAUGGAACGACUACUCGUGGACGAUUGUAACUUCGGCUUAUGUCAAGGCCGGGCAUCACAGGCAGGCAGUGGAACUUUACCACAGGAUGUGCUUGGAAGGCAUGGACCCGGACGAGUUUGUUUUUGCCAGCGUCAUGAACGCUUGCUCCGGCAGGAGAGAGCUCCUGGAGCAAGGCAGGAUGAUCCACCAGCGAAUCCUCGCGACUGGUUACGACCGAGAUUUAGUUCUCCAAACCGCAGUGCUCAACAUGUAUGGAAAGUGUGGCUGCUUGGACGAGGCCAGGGAGAUGUUUGAUCAUCUCGGGAAGAAGAGGAACUCGGUGUCAUGGAAUGCGAUGCUCUCGGCCUACAGCCAGUUUGGAUGCUACAAAGAAGCGCUCGACUUGUUUAAAAGGAUGAACUUGGAAGGGGAGAAGCCCGACUUGGUCAGCUUUGCGACAGUGUUGGCGGUGUGUAGCAGCGCUCGAGAGUUUUGCGAGGGCCGGAAGAUCCACUCCAUCGUCCGGGGGACGGGGAUUCAAGCUGAUGUCAUCUUGCAAAACACUCUCGUGAGCAUGUACGCGAGCUCUGGACGGAUCGGCGAUGCAAGAUCCAUCUUCGACGAGAUGGAGAACAAGUCCGUGGUCUCGUGGACGGUGAUGGUCUCGGCUUACGUCCAACAUGAGCUCGACGAGGAAGCUCUAGAACUCUACCUGGAGAUGAGCGUCAAGCCGGAGGCCGCCACCGUCUCUACCGUUCUCGCGGCUUGCUCGAGGCUCGAGGCACUGGACGAAGGGCGGGAGAUCCAUAGCAAGUUUCUCACGGAGAAGAAGACGAGGAUCACGAGCCGGGAAUCGAUUCUUCUCGUGGAGAACGCGCUGGUGAACUUCUACGCAAAGUGUGGCUGCGCCGACGAGGCCGAAGAGAUCUUCCACGCCAUGGAGUUUCGCGAUGUUGUGUCGUGGAACACCAUGCUCGCGGGGCUUCUCCAAGCUGGCCGUGGAUGGGAGGCUCUAAGUUACUACAGGAAGAUGGUCUUGGACGGGACACAGCCAGUAACAGCAACCUUUUGCAGUGUUCUUGGAGCUUGCUCGAGCGUGAGAUCUCUCCGCGAUGGCCAGGCUCUCCACUCGCGGAUCGUCGACACUGGCUUUGGUCCCGUUCCAGCUCUGGAGAACGCGCUGGUAAACUUCUACGCCAAAUGCAGAGCAAUGGAUCAAGCCAGGAGAUUGUUCUCCAAGAUGGCCAAGAGGGAGCUCGCGACUUGGAACGCGAUGAUCCUGAGCUUUGCGGAGGAGGAGAGCUCCAAGAACGAGGCCAUGCAUCUUUACCACGAGAUGAAUCUCCACGGAGUGGAACCAAACAAGUUCACUCUCACCAGUGUUCUCGGAGCCUGUUCGAGCUUGGAUCAAGGCAAAGCUCUCCACCAGCGGAUCACUGCGAGUGGAGUCGACUCGGAUCCCACCGUCGCAACUUGCCUGCUCACCAUGUACGUGACGCUGGGAGACGAGAACUUGGAGCUCGCCAAGAACUUCUUCGACAAACUCCCCGCGAAGGAGGUCUUCUCCUGGACAGUGAUGAUCGCAGCUUGCAUCGAGCGGGGAUUCACCGACGAGGCACUGCAACUCUUCCGAAAGAUGGACGUUCCUCCGGACAACGUCGUGUUUACUACGGUUCUCGGCGCGUGCUCGAGCCUGGAAGCCACGAAGCUCGUCCAGGCGAAGAUGUUAUCACCAUCGUCGUCUCCGCCGGACGUGGUAGCCUCCACCGAGCUCUUGAACGCUCUCGCAAAGUGUGGAGCUCUGGACGACGCCAGGGCCGUGUUUGAUGGCAUCCGGGGCAAGAACGUUCUAAGCUGGACGGCGAUGAUCGUGGGCUACGCACAGCACGCUCGCGGGGAUGGAGCUCUGGAGCUGUUUCGAGAGAUGGAGCUGGAUGGAAUCCAAGCGGACGAGAUCACGUUUACGAGCAUUCUCCACGCUUGUAGCCACCGAGGACUGGUUCGUGUGGGACGAGAGUACUUCCGUUCCAUGGUGGAGGAUCACGCCAUCGCUCCCAGUGCCGAGCACUAUAAUGUUGUGAUGGAUAUGCUGGCAAGAGCCGGGAGGGUGGGCGAGGCCGAGGAGGUGGCCAAGGUUUUCCCCGCAAUCAAGCACGUAGCUUUGAUGACGCUGGUGAGUAGCUCCCAGGUUCAUGGAGUAGACAGCUCGGUGGUGGCGAGGAAGAGGCUACUCCUUCAGGGCGAUGGGUCUUGUGAGAAAGACACAGCCUCGUCGUACAUUGCUCUCUCCAAUUCAUUCAAGAGCUUGUAA